CGGACAUGUCAAUCAGAUGUAUAGCACUAUUUAUAGCAUAGGUAGUAGUGUGGACGCGACUUUCGUCUUUUUCUCAGCAUACCUGGUUUUCGCGAUGCAAGCAGGAUUCGCCAUGCUGACCGCCGGCGCUGCAAGAUCUCAGAACAAGUCCAACAUCAUCAUGCUCACGACUGUCGUGGAUGCAGCUGUCUGUGCGAUCUUCUACUAUUUUUUCGGGUUUGCCUGCGCCUAUGGGAGACCAUGGAACGGCUUCGUCGGCAAACACAAUUUCGGCGGAUGGAUGAACUUCGCCCAAUUCGCCGAAUACGACGACGAGUAUCCCUCUGCCAGACCCGGACAAGGCAAUCCCUGGAACCCGCUGGGUAAUCAUCGCGUGUGGGUGUUCGAGUGGGCAAGUGCUGCAGCUGUGGCGGCCAUAGCCAGCGGGGCUAUGGCGGAGAGAAGCCAGGUCACGGCACAUAUAGCUUCCUCGGCUUUCUUGUCCGGAUUCGUGUAUCCGGUGAUCUGCCACUGGGUGUGGGAACCACACGGGUGGCUAAGCGUUUACAGCCAAGGAAAACGCGUGAUGGGGGUUGGCAUGCUGGAUAUCGCUGGCAGUGGGACCAUCCACCUGACGGGCGCCAUCGCCGGCUUCUGGGGAGCGCUCAUCUUGGGCCCCCGGCUUGGCUUUUCCCGCUCAAAGAGUGGUUAUGGCGGCUAUGGCGGCGCAUCGUCGAGGGGGAGAGGUCAUGGACGCAGCAGCACUCUUGUGGUUCUGGGCACUUUGCUCCUUUGGCUUGGGUGGUAUGGAAUCUACCCGGGGUCGAUCCUGGGCAUCGUUCCCAGACACUACACUGCCAUGAAAGGGGUUGUGAAUAGAGCCGCCAUCACCACGACUCUAGCCGGCGCCGCCUCCGCCAUAGCCACGUUCUUCGUCAGGAGGUGGUUGACAGGUAGCUGGAAGGUCGAGGACGCUUGCGGUGGGCUUGUUGGCGGACUGGUCGCUGCGUCGGCGGGUUGUGCGGUGAUAGAGCCGUCGGCGGGGAUGCUGCUGGGCGUCAUCGCCGCUUUGGUGCUGAUUGCCGUGAAGCGGCUUGCGAAAGCCGUCGGCUUGGACGACCCCAUGGAAGCGCUCCAGCGGCACGGGGCCUGCGGCUUGGUCGGACUGCUGUUCGUCGGAGUCUUCGCCACGGAGGACUAUGUGAUGCAAAUGUUUGGCGACGACGAAUUGCCCGACGAGACUCCUUGCGGAUGGUUGUACGGAAAAAGAGGCAGAAAAUUACUCGCCGCUCAGGCGAUCGGCGCUGCUUGUAUCGUGGGUUGGACCUCCGUGGCUAUGGCGCCGUUGUUCUUGUUGCUCCGCAUAGCCGGCUUGCUGCGGAUCAGCAGAGAAGAGGAGGCUGCGAGAUUUGGCGAUCGCGACUCCGACCUCGUUCUCGGGGACGAAUCGUGACGAAGCUGAGCUCUUUCCAACACCCGCUGUCGUGGCGGACUUGAUGGCCACGGAUGUAUACCCAGAG